UUGGAGACGCCGUAGCGGGCGUGCGCGCAGUUUCCGCCGCACUCCAGCCGUCUGCAGGAAGGGAGCGGAGAGUCCAGUCAGUGAAAGUGAGAAACUACCAAAACAAACUAACGGCCUCCCUUACAACUAACGGGUCCUAGUAUCAUCAUGGACGGUGUGCCGACGCCCCUGCGGUGCUUCAGCGAGUGUCACUCGGCAGAGAUGUUCGCGGAUGACGGGGUGGAAACGGUGACUUCGGUGGAGCAGAAAAAAGUUGAACGCAGCAUCGAAGAAGUCAUCAGUGUUUACAAGCAAAUACACAGUUUACCACAGCCAAGUUUGUUGCGGGAACAACACUACCAGUAUCUCAAGAAGGGCUUACGUCACUUAUCAGAUGCUUAUGAGUGUCUGGAUGCUAGUAGACCGUGGCUUUGCUUCUGGAUUCUUCACAGUCUGGAGUUACUAGAGGAGCCCAUUCCUGCUGCUGUCGCCUCCGAUGUGUGUCAGUUCUUGGCACGCUGUCAGAGCCCAACGGGAGGCUUCGCCGGUGGACCGGGUCAGCACGCCCACCUCGCACCCACCUACGCCGCCGUCAACGCCCUCUGCAUCAUCGGCACAGAGGAAGCCUAUAACAUUAUAGACAGGGAGAAGCUGUUAGAUUUCCUAUGGUCAGUGAAGCAGCCAGAUGGCUCCUUUGUGAUGCACGUCGGAGGGGAGGUGGAUGUCAGGAGUGCGUAUUGUGCAGCCUCAGUAGCAUCGCUCACAAACAUCCUCACACCUAAACUGUUUGAGGACACGACUAACUGGAUCCUCAGGUGUCAGAACUGGGAAGGUGGUCUGAGCGGAGUGCCGGGUCUGGAGGCCCACGGCGGCUACACUUUCUGUGGCACGGCCGCCCUCGUCAUCCUGGGUAAAGAACACAUGCUGGAUCUCAAAGCCUUGCUGCGGUGGGUGGUCAGCAGACAGAUGCGCUUCGAGGGAGGCUUCCAGGGCCGCUGUAAUAAACUGGUGGAUGGCUGCUACUCUUUCUGGCAGGCUGGACUCCUACCUCUACUCCACAGAGCCUUAUUCAAAGAAGGAGAGUCGGAGCUGAGUCUGCAGCGGUGGAUGUUUGAGCAGCAGGCCUUGCAGGAGUACAUCCUCCUGUGCUGCCAGAACCCAACAGGAGGCCUGCUGGAUAAACCCGGCAAAUCCAGAGAUUUUUACCACACGUGUUACUGCCUGAGCGGCCUCUCGAUAGCACAGCACUUUGGGAACAUGGACUUCCAUCAUGAGACGAUCCUCGGCAGGGAGGAGAACAGAUUGGCUCCGACUCAUCCGGUUUACAACAUCUGCCCAGAGAAAGUAGCUCAGGCCCUGCAGCGCUUCCACCGGCUGCCUGUCCCCGACGACAACAGGCAGCAGGGUGACGACAGACCGUCGGACCCCGCCCCCGCCGCCGCCGCCGGAUCAGCCGACCGUCAGUCCUAGUUAGUCCUCAGCGGAGACUUCUCUAUGUGUGUGAACCAGCCUGCUCUGGGGAACGGACUCGAACCUGCAAACAGCAGUCAGGUCUGAUGCAGAAGAGCCCGAGAACCGGUCUGGUGGUCGACCCUCAGUAGACACGAGGGCUGGAGUUAGACGGCGUUUGCCUGAAUAAAGGUUAACAGUGUGUGUGUGUGCACAGCUACCCAUUAAGCAGAAUUUUUGCUUGCAAUGCCUAUUGUUGUCAUUCUCUGAAAGUUAAUAAAACUUUAUAUAACACUUUU